AUGCCCUCCAACGACGGCGUUCGCGCAGUCGCCCGAUCAUUCCGAGUCCUCGUGAUCGGCGGCUCAUACGGCGGUUUAGCCGCAGCAUUAAAUUUGAGUGAUCUGGCACACGGUCGCAAGUACCGGUUCGACUCGAACCCCGAUAACAAGCCGCCUUCAUGGCGAAUUCCACUCCAAAUAACGAUCGUGGAUGAACGAGAUGGCUACUUUCAUUUGAUCGGAGCACCCAAGUCACUCGCAUGCGAAAAAUACGCCGCAGAAUCAUGGACGCGAUUCCAAGAUAUUCCUGCAUUGAAGUCGCCGGAUUUCAAGAUCAUUCAAGGAAGCGUGAGCAAGGUGGAUUGUGCUUCAAAGAUUGCACAUAUCCUCGAUACACAGACGAAGGAGAACCGAACCGAGAAAUAUGAUUAUUUAAUCGCGGCAUCUGGUCUGCGACGAGUCUUCCCUGUUGCGCCGCAAUCUUUACGACGAGAGGAGUUUCUGGAAGAAGCUAAGAGACACGUGGAGAAUGUGCGCACUGCGAGAGAAGGGAUCGUAGUUGUUGGAGGAGGUGCGGUCGGAAUUGAGAUGGCUGCUGAGCUGAAGUUCCUCUACCCCGAACUAAAGAUCACUCUGAUCCAUUCUCGAAAUCGAUUGCUCUCAUCAGAAGAUCUUCCCGAUGACUUCGCGGAACAAGCGCUCGAGAUCCUUCGCGAAGAAAAUGUGGAGGUUAUUCUUGGACAGCGCGUUACAGACACAACAGCCGUAGUUUCAGGGAAGAGCCGAGUAUGGCGUUUAACUCUGGCCAACGGCGAACAGCUCACAACCGGGCUUGUAUUGAGUGCCAUUUCAAGAUCUGUUCCUACAUCAACGUAUCUCUCACCUGAGGCCUUGGAUGAGGAAGGAUUAAUCAAAAUCCAUCCAUCACUCCAAUUCUCAGGUGAUGUGCCAAACUCAGAGCAUCAUUUUGCGAUCGGUGAUCUUGCAGCAUGGUCGGGGAUCAAGCGCUGUGGUGGAGCAAUGCAUAUGGGUCAGUACGCUGCUGAGAACAUCCAUCAGCACAUGUUGGCCGAAUGCACAGGGGAGAAACCAACAUUUAAGAACCUGACACCUUUCCCAUCCGUCAUCGGACUUGCCCUUGGUAAGAAGUGUGCUGUGUAUUCUCCAGAUGAGGGCACCAGAGCUUCGGAGGAUCUUAUGAAUGGGAUGUUUGGAAAGGAUAUGGCCAAUACCAUAUGUUGGAAUUACUUACGGCUUGGGGAGCCAGCGAAGGCUUAA